CAGCAUCUCCCGGUACCUCAGUCUACCUCAGUCAGCACCAUGGACAGCGACCCCGCCAGCUCUGCGGCCGCCUCCUGCGCACCCAGCGGGCCCCGAGGGGCAGGGCACGCUCCUUCAGUAACGACGACCAGCUAAUAUCUCCCAUCAUGUUACUGCGGCACUGACAGCUGAACCGUAGACAGCAGGAGGUGGGAGUUCCUGUUGAAACACCCUCGCGUAUCGAUUUUCGUUUCUUACGGAAGGUACAGAUGCUCUUAUUUUGUCUUUCACCGAUCAGCCGGUCUCCGUCGGCUCAGCUCUAAAUGCCUCUAAAUGACACCAAAUGUGACGAGUCUCAUUUGAGGGUCGCUGUGGAGUAAAGGCGGUGAAAUCUCUCGCUCUUCCUCCUCCUCCACGCCCUGUCAUCACUACCAGUAGCUGCCCAGCACCAUGUCUCCUCCAGCAUCGGCUGCGACAGCGAGUGAAAGCAGCACCACCACCGUUUUCGAGGAGGACACCAGAGAGGAGCAAAGACCGCUGAAGCAAUCUCUAAGCAAGUCCUUAUGUCGGGAGAGUUUCUGGAAAUGCCUACUCCUUUCUGUUCUCAUGUAUGGCUGCAUGGGAACCAUGGUUUGGUGUCACAUCACCAAGGUGACCCGCCUCACCUUCGACAGCGACUUCAAAGGGAAAUCCAUGAUGUAUCAUGACAGCCCUUGUUCUGAUGGCUACAUCUACAUCCCCUUGGCCCUACUGGGCAUGCUCUAUUUAGUUUACCUAGUCGAGUGCUGGCACUGUCACGUGAAGAAUGAGCUGCAGCACAAAGUGGACGUGGAGGGCAUCUCCGAGCGCAUCCAGAGGAUGCAGCAGGCUAAGCCCUGCAUCUGGUGGAAGGCCAUCAGCUAUCAUUAUGUGCGCCGAACUCGACAAGUCACGCGCUACCGCAACGGAGAUGCCUACACGAGCACUCAGGUUUACCAUGAGCGUGUCAACACCCACGUGGCAGAAGCAGAAUUUGACUACAGCCACUGUGGUGUCAAAGAUGUUUCCAAACAGCUGCUUGGCUUGGAGAAGUCUGCGUUGACAAAGAUGCGCUUCACUAAGUGCUUCAGUUUUGCCAACGUGGAGUCCGAGAAUUCUUAUCUCACACAAAGGGCGAGGUUUUUCACCGACAAUGAGGGCCUGGAUGACUACAUGGAAGCCAGAGAGGGCAUGCACCUGAAAAACAUUGAACUGAAGGAGUAUGUCUUGGUGCUCUGUGACCCGGAGCACCACCCUUGGUAUCUGUCCCACUACGUCUUUUGGUUUGCCUCCUUCCUCACGUUUUCUUGGCCUCUCAGAGUCUUCACAGAGUAUCGCACUGCAUAUGUCCACUAUCGUGUUGAAAAGCUCUUCGGUCACGAUUACCUCCCUGUUACCCCUUGUGAUGAUCGGCCUUAUUGGCGCCGUAUCCCUCGAGUUAACACCAUUGACAGCACAGAAUUGGAGUGGCACAUUCGCUCCAACCAGCAGCUGGUUCCCAGUUACUCAGAGGCUGGCCUCAUGGACCUGGCCCAGUGCCCCUCCAGCUUCAGUGGGCUUCGUCAGAACUGCGAGCGCUGCCACAGAGCCAUUAGCUGCUCCUCAGUGUUCUCCAGAAGCGCCCUCAGCAUCUGCACCGGUGCCAGCUCCCGCAUCCCCUUCAGCAGCAGCCGCUUCUCCUUGGCCCGGCGCUAUGGCUCCCAGCGCAGCUGCUUCUGGAGGAGCGGCAGCCUAGACGACCAGGUGAGCCCCAGUGAAAAUACUCGCUGCCUAUCGGAACGCCUCACCACAGAUGACGAGGAGCCCCCGGACUACGAGGAUGCACUUUGUUACCCGGUGCUCAUUGUCCACUGCAGUGAGAACUGCCACAACCACAGAUCUUUCCACAGAAAUGGCUCCUGCGUGGAGACCUCUUUAUGAUAUGCAGUCACAGCGGCAUUUCUGUAGCAUUUCAAAAACAGGGCGUAGUGGAUGCUGUAAGAAACAAUUGCCUGAAUCCUGAAUGUGUGAAUCACCAAAGCAAUAACAGCGGUCAGUGAGUGGAGAACAAAGUGGCAUCUCAUGAUAAGCUCACACACACAAACAAAUCAUAUCUGCUUGGCUUCCAGGAAAAACCAAGAAGACGCAGACUGUUACAAAGCACACCAUCGCUACAGCUUUUACAGUGCAUGUGAAACUAAGGCUGCAGAUACCUCAUAGGAACUUUCUCAGAGGUCACACAUGGACAGGUUUAAACAUCUCACGUUCAUUUAGUGAGUCAUUAUGGAGCAGCUUCUACAAAUUUAACUUCUAACUACAGCAAUAACUGUGAAAAUAAAUCUCAAAUGGAGGAUCGCCAGUUUGUGCUGGUGCACAUCCCAAAGUGGAAACCUCUGACUUCAAGUGACAAUUUAAAUCUUGGACAUUCUCACUUACUGUUAAACCAUAUCUGUAAAUUCUUUUUAAAUCAUCUGUUUUUUCCUACAUUAUCCAGAAUGCCUUUUAUUAACUCCAGACAACAGGUAUGACCUAAGGAUGUUAGAAAGCGUGAGGCAUUUGUUCAGACUGAGAGAAGUUCAGACUCAUGCCCUACUAACAGCCGGUCCUGUGGUUUCGUUGCAUCCUGGUGCAUCUCUGCUUCUUUUUCUUCUUCUUUAGUGGAUUUCUUUGUAAUUGACUGUUGGGCGUUGGUGCUAUGUGGCAGCUCCAGACUGUUGUGGAUGUUGAGUGACUGACACAUUAACAUGAUGUUUACAGUUGGUGCUUUCCUUCUAACCUCGGAUGUAAAUGUUGGAAUUAACAGUUUGGCCAUCUUGAAGAAAAUAAGAGAGAAAACAGAAUCAGGUGGACUUUUUUUUUUCCCUUUAGUGGCUUUAACAUGCGAUUAAUUUGUCUUGACUGACCCAGAAAAUGAAAAAAUGUGGGCGCACUAACACUGUCUAGUCCUAUGAGCCUUUACCUUGACAGACUAAAACGCAUCAUGAAAACUCAAUCAAGCAUUACGCAUAAAAUUGGACUUUUCUGCUGCCUACUGCCAUGAUGAAACCUGCCGGCAACUGUGGUACAAAUACACAUCAUUACAUCCAUCAUUGGGACAUAAAAGAUAGAGACUGGUUUAUCACAGUACAUGUGAGCAGGUGAGUGUGGAUUUAGCUGCAAAAAAAGAUCAUAAGAUCAUCAAAUCCAUGCCUGUUUUCGCAUGAUUUCCUCCUGCUGAGACACCGUGGUAAAACCAUAUCCAUGAAUGUAAACCACCAGCAUAUACGAUAUACUCUGUACCAUUAUGUGUUGAUAGUAAAGGAAUAAUGCUCCAUUUUUCAUCUGUAAAAUGGUGAUCUCGCUGUCCAUGUACUGAUAUGCCACCAUGUUACUGAAAGACUUUGGAUGUUGUCAUGUGGAGGAUAUGUGACUCUUCUGAGUUUACAGUUAGUAUAUGCAAGGAUGUAAAUGCGCUUAUGUUUACACAUUAUACAAACUUUAUAAUACAUGCUUUUUUUUUUAAUAUAAAAAAUGUUGUAUUCAAUGUGCCACAACACAGCUUGUUCCCUAUGGAGGACCAAAACAGCCAAAAAUUUAAAAUAAAUUACUUUUUAAAUAAAUUCAUAUGCCAUUAAAUGCCUCUCAAAUAGCACAAGUUACUUUAAGCAUUAGUUGUGUUUUUUGUUUUUUUACCCAAACGACUGUAUUGUUGUAUUCUCUUUUCAAAUUUCUUUCCACAUUUCUGCUUUCUUUUGCAAAUAAGUUGGCUAUGAAUCAAAAUCAGUCAUGAGGUGAACCUUUUACCUUUGUAAAUAAAUGUUUAAAUAAGUCUUAGUCACUAAAGAUUUAAAAUAGGUCAGCUAAGCCCUCUUAUAUGUACAAUGAAGCAGAAAUGCAUAAAAAAAUGUAAAAACACAAAAUGAAUGUAUUUGGGGGGAAAUAAACAUAUUAAUGCAUAAAUUAUUUUAAUAAAGAAAAUGUAAAAUUAACAUAGGAUCAAAUAAAAUAAAAAAUAAAAAAUAUAAAAUUUAUUUUUGUGGCAUUUAGUGGCAUAUUUACUGAUUUUUAAAUUUAUUUAUAAUUUUAAUCCUGUCAGUUUUGGCCCUCCAUAUUCAUACAUUGUUUUCAAUAAUGUAGUGACAUUCAUAUUAUUAUGCACUUGAUGGAAGUGACACUAUAGACAUUAUGAAUUGUAGUGGAGCUGAAUGUUGGUGUAAAUUACCUUGUAGAAAAAAGUGUCAUAAAUGUCACUAUAACCAAAUGGGCUGAAUAAAUAACUUAAUUACUUUUUAGAAUAUGUAUUUCAACUUAUCUUAUGCUGGAAAAAUAAAAGUUGCAAUAAAUGUCUGGGUCAUACCCAUGUACAGUUAAACAAAAUGUUGCUUUCUUGUAUCCUCAGAUCCAUUUAAUCCUUUGCCUGCCCCCCCUCCUAGCUGUAGAGAGACAAAACUGUGAAAAAUUGCUACUUAUGUUUAUCCAUCCUUGUGAUAAAACCCCUGUUUAUUUAAAGUUGCUUCAGUUUCAAUUUUAAAUAAUGUGUGAAUUGCUGGCAAAGCAGACUGGCUGAUAACCAAAAGAUGGGCAAAUUGCCAAAAUGCAAAAGUUGAAUCUUCAAAAAUCUGGUUAACUUUAGAGAGACUACAUCCACCUUGUACAUACAAUCACUACUACACCUGUUCAACUGCUUGUUAAUGCAAAUAUCCAAUCAACCAACCACAUGACAAUACCUCAGUGCAUUUAGGUAUGAAGACAUGUUGAAAACGACCUGCUGAAGUUCACACUGAGCAACAAAAUGGCGAAGAAAGCUGAUUUCAUUGAUUUUUACAGUAAUUAGUGCCGGACAGGCUGCUCUGAGUAUUCCAGAAACUGUUUAUCUUUCCGCACAGUCAUCUCCUGGGUUACAGAGAAUGGUCUGAAAAAGAGAAAACAUGCAGGAAGAAAACGCUUUGUUGGUGCCAGAAGAUGGAGGACAAUGGCCAAACUGCUUCGAGUUGAGAGGAUGGCAACAGUAACUCAAAUAACCGCUCAUUGCAAUAAAGGUUUGUAGAAAAGUAACUCUGAAUGAACAAUACAUCAAAACCGGAUAGGCUACAGCACCAUAAGACCACACUAGAAACUAAGACUAAUUCACACAGAAUCACCAGAACUGAACAUCAAAGACGGGAAAACCUGUCUGCUCUGAUGAGCCAACAACUGCAACAUUAUGACAAUGCCUUCUAUUUAUAAGAGACAUCUAAGUUAUUGUGGUAAAUUACAUAUUACUGUUAUAUUUUAGGAGAAGCUGGAAUGUCUUUUACUGUUAUUAUAUCAAAAAAGCAACUGAGAGUGGCUUCAGGGUUGAUUAAAUGGAGCAUAAAUGUCUUCAAACAUGCCCAAAUUUGAGUUUUGCAAGCAGUGGUGCACAGUGUUUGGUGAGUAAUCAAAUCCUCAUUGGCCGAAUUUAGGACAGAGCUGUAUGGUCUACUUUAAGAAUGCCACAUAUCACAA